CGAUCACAAACAACUACAACCAGAAGAAGAAAGAGUAGGUAUGAGGAAUCGUAUGAUGAUGAGCAGAGAGGUGGGCGCGUGGAGCGAUCUGUGUCCGGAUCUGUUGGAAUCGAUCUACGGCAACCUCCUCAACCCGGUCCACGCCAUGGAAUUCGGGUCCGUAUGCAGGAGCUGGCGCCAAAUCCACGCGUCCCUGCAGGCGCAGCCACGUGGACGGGUCUUCGGGGGCGUCCGGCUCCGAGAAAUCCGCUGCCAGGAGGCCCGCGACAAGUUGCUGCGCGGAGGAGAAGAAGGUUACGAGGUUUACAGCUGGGCCAGCGGGUGGUGGCUUCUGGCGUCCCUGGAGCGCAACGUCUUGGGCUGCUUCAAUGACUUCCUCUCCUGGCCCUCCAGUUUCAUCCCGCUUCCCCCCGGGCUGAAUUUCGGAAGUUUUUCCCGAUUUGACGGGAAUUGCACGAGCAUGCCGAUCAAGGCGGCAUUCUCGGCCCCACCGGCGGCGGAUGGGGACUGGACCAUGCUCAUCCUACACAGCAUCAGCUGUUUCAGCACGUUCCGGCCGGGCCAGGACGAGUGGUGCGGCUACUUAUACCCACACAUACACGACAGAGUUUGCGUGGGGAUUGGGUACAGGGAUCGGAGAUUCUUCUGCCUGUUCAGCACGGGCGAUGUUUUGAUCGUCAAAACUGAUCAUGGUCGUAAUCCCGGCAGCAAUAUGUGCGAGUGGAGGAUGAUGCUGGCUUCCGAACCUAUACUGACGCCCCGAGAUCUGCUGGCUUCUGCGCUGUCGGAUUCUAAUUUCCACGUCGUGCUAUUUAUGUUGGAUGAAUGUGGUGGUGGUCGACGGGUGGUGAUCAGCUGGGAGCGAAGAGAUGACACGGCCUUCUUCCGGCUGCUAAGGGUGGAGAAAGAAUUGUGCGAUGUCAGGGAUGAAGGAAUUGCUAUUUUUGCAGUUGGAGAAAGGUGGAUGCAGGGGGAUGGUCUUCGCGAGAGGCUAGAGGCGGCCGAUUUGGAGAGUGGAGGAAGGACGUCUACUCGUCCGGCAGAGGAGGAAUCAACGGUGGAGAGGAAAACCCGUUCAGCCAAAGGUAAUUCCAUCAUUAGAGUGCUUUCUCGAUGGUUUGCCCGUGGCCUCUAGCAUACCUUGGUAAAGAAGAGCCCGAUUCGAGGUUAAUUACGUUCUUUCCUUUUGUGUGUCUAGAUAUAUGGACUUGCUUAUAAUGGUCAAUCUGAUUUUGAUGGAGAACAACAACUUGUUAAUUAGAAGUUCAUGUAUAUAUGGAAUUGUAAUUAACCAAUCGUAUUAAGGGUUAAUUACAAUAUGAGAAACGGGCUAGCUAGAGUUUUUUUUUUUUUUUUUUUUACAAAAGAUAAUCAUAUAUUGAUUCAUAAGAAAGAUAGUUACAUCCUGGAAUUCAGCCAGGCCCGAAAAUCAAAAACACGACACGCAAUCGGCAACAAUGAAAGGGCUUUUCUAGCCACCACAUGGGCUACCUUAUUGUGACUCCGACCUACAAAUCGCACACUGAACCCCGAAUGAAAGGCAAAAUAUGAAACUACUUCUUCAAGCACAACCCCCAUCCGAGUAUCACCAGUCUCUGCCCGAUUGAUUUUAUCAAUGACGACCUUGGCAUCUCCUUCAAAGUGCACCGCCGAGAAUCCAUGCUCCAAGCACCACCAAAUCGCCUCCCGAAGGCAGUGGCGGACCCAGAAAUUUUUUAUAGGGGUGUCCACUUUUAAAAAAUAAAUUAAAUAAAAAUAAAAUUUUAAAUAUGAA